GUAAUAGAUAUGCGUCUGGAGCGCGUCAUAAGUACGUCUCCGAGCGGCAGAGACUGUGGGAUCGCAAGAUGGCGGCUCUCAGGAGCUUCCGGUGUCUCCUGCAUCCCCAGAGUUGUGCAGUCUGGAGAGGCCUCAGCAGCUCUGCUGUGCUCCAGCAGGGCCGAGCACUGGCAGAGAAGCCGAAGGCUGAAGGGGUCUUCCACGUGACGAUGCUCCCUGGGGAUGGGGUGGGCCCAGAGCUCAUGCACUCGGUCAAGGAAGUCUUCAAGGCUGCUUCUGUCCCUGUGGAGUUUGAAGAGCACCACCUGAGUGAGGUACAGAACAUGGCUUCAGAGGAGAAGCUGGAUGAGUUUCUCAACUCCAUGAAGAAGAGCAAAGUGGCUCUCAUAGGAAAGAUCCACACCCCCAUGGAAUACAAAGGGGAACUGGCCUCGUACGACAUGAGGCUCAGGCGUAAACUUGACCUCUUUGCCAACGUGGUCCACGUGAGCAGCCUGCCCGGUUAUAAAACCCGGCACAACAAUCUGGACCUGGUGAUCAUCCGAGAGCAGACCGAGGGGGAGUACAGCUCCCUGGAGCACGAGAGUGCCAAGGGGGUAAUUGAGUGCCUGAAGAUUAUCACGCGGGCCAAGUCGCAGCGCAUCGCCAAGUUUGCUUUCGAUUAUGCCACCAAGAAGGGCCGUUCCAAGGUCACGGCUGUGCACAAAGCCAACAUAAUGAAGCUGGGCGACGGGCUCUUCCUGCGCUGCUGCAAAGAGGUGGCUGAGCUGUAUCCCAAGAUCCAGUUCGACACCAUGAUCAUUGACAACUGCUGCAUGCAGCUGGUGCAGAAUCCCUACCAGUUUGAUGUUCUGGUCAUGCCUAACUUGUAUGGGAAUAUCAUAGACAACCUGGCAGCUGGCCUAGUGGGUGGAGCCGGUGUGGUCCCUGGGGAGAGCUACAGUGCUGAGUAUGCUGUCUUCGAGAUGGGCGCCCGGCACCCCUUUGCCCAAGCUGUGGGGAGGAACAUUGCCAACCCCACGGCCAUGCUGCUGUCCUCGGCCAACAUGUUGCGUCACCUCAACUUGGAGCAUCAUUCGGCCCUGAUCUCAGAGGCGGUGCGGAAAGUGAUCAAGGUCGGCAAGGUGCGGACGAGAGACUUGGGCGGUUACUCCACCACCUCUGACUUCGUCAAGUCUGUCAUUGACCACUUGCACCCCCACUUUGGGGUCUAGGGUGGGGCCUUCCUCACCGUGGCCCCCCUUGGCUACUGGCCCCUGCGGAGAGUCUGCCUUGAGCCUUCUCCCCGGCUACACUCCUUGAUGGGGGAGGGAAAGUGGUUGCCCCAUCCACACCCUUCUUACCUGGCUGCUUUGGGGCUGGGCAUGAUCCCCUGGUUGGCUGUCGGGGGAGCAACACACACCUCCCAGGCCACGAGGAAGUGUCGCGUUUACAGGCCAGGGCUGUUGAAGAGCGGCGGUAGACAUUGGAGCCAGCGAGCCCACUGGCACUGUGGGAGGCUAGGGCUGGGGACCCCCCACCUCGGGCCAUUUCCUUCCUUCUCUGCACUCCUGCCGUUCCCUCCCCAAGACCACGGUGUCCUUGACUGCUGGGGGGCCCCCACAGUGUUGUCAAGUGUUACCGCUCCGCUUGAGGGGGCGCACGUUCCUUUGCAGCACUGGCUGCUCCUUGACCAGUUUGGAGAGGUGGCCCCCACUUUGUGCAAGUUGAUCCCGCUGUGGGGAGGGAGAGUUGGUGGGGGUCACUUUGGCAGGGGAGUUUGGGUGGGGGCUCUCUGGGCUGCUUCAUGAACACCGGCUGCCCGCUCUCCCAGGCCUUCCCCGAGGUGAUGCGGUUGACCUUCCAGAGAGAGCCAUUUGUGUGAGUGGGUGGGGCUGCG